UGUUGUCAUAACUAUCUAUAUUAAUUCCUUAAAUUUCUUCCUGUUUAUUAAGGCAGCUGUAGCUGGUCUACAAUUGUAAUGGGCAAUGAUUGGAGUUACUCGAAAGAACAUCGCGAUCCAAUGAUAGAAUCUGUUAGAUCCAAGUUCUAUUCCGAUGACGACAGCAGGAUUGUUGUUGAUAACUUUCUAGCAGAACAAAAGAAACUCAAAGUCGAUAUUGACAAGUUAAAAGAGAACGAGCAAAUAGUACAGGAGGCGAAUAGGACUACACACGCAACAUUCAUUGAGUGUUUGGCUGAACAAGAACGAUUAAAAAAAGAAUUGUCGACUUUAAAGCAUGAAAACAUGGUAUUGGGGAAACAACUUGAUGUUAAACAACAGGAGAACCAAAUACUGACGAAAGACAAUACAAUUCUUUCAAAUGAAAAAGAGAACGCUCUUUCUAGACUAAGUAAAAUAGCUGGCAUUCAACUCACAAAAGGAAACAGUGAUAUAACUGACCUUAGUGAUGCUAAUAGGCCAACCAAACUUGCAGAGAAAUGGUCCAGUUUGUAUACUGAUGAAUGGACAGAUGCCUUCGAUGAAUUUCAAACAUUCAUGGAAAAUGAAAACUGUAAAAUUGAAAAGGAACUGUGCUCAAUUGUUCAGAAAUGUUUCAAUAUUUGCCAAGAAAUUGAAAAGAAACAGAUGGCAGAUAUCAAAACACAUGUGUGGGACAUAGCAUGCUGUCUUCACCGAAAAUCGGACCAGUUGGUAUCUGCUACUAAAACUAGCCUGUAUCACAAAGUUGUUAAAGACAAUCUUAAAAAGCCUGCAGCAACAGUGACCCCAAACGAUGGAAUAAAUAACGACAAGUUACAAUCUAUACUGAAAUGCAUGGAGGAAUUGAUCGAAAUUGUUCAUGAAAGACGAAAGUAUGAUAAAGACUUAUUGGAAUGCGUGAAACAGGAGGCACUCCGCCAACUUGAGCAGUAUAACAAAAUGGGAUCAAAAAGCCAAAUCUUGAAAUUUGUAGAACGGUGCACAGAAUUGUGCUGGAGCAUGGUGAUAAAAGAACCACCGAUGGCUUUGGUCUUUAACGAAAUGAAAGGUACAGCGAUAGACAAGAGCAUUUUUUCUGUUUAUACAAAAAGUGGACCUUUUAUCGACUUCGUGGUAUGGCCAGCUUUGCUUUUACACAAAGAUGGUCCCAUUUUGACGAAAGGUACGGCACAAGGAAAAUAAAAUGACACAAUCAAAACGGAAAUUUCUAACAGCACAGACGAAAUCACUGAAAAGACAAUGGAUAUUCCAAACGAAAUUGCACAAAAUGGUGACGACAACCUCAAAUAUAUACCACCAGAUCAAAACUCACCUGAUGGUCAUGUCAUUGAGGAUGACGACAAAACUGGUCACUGAAAGGAUAUUAAAAGAUGUAGUUGUGAUAUUGAAUGCCAACAGGUCAUUUAAUCCGGGUGUGGUAGAACAAAAUGUUUAAGUCAUAAUAUUUAAAAGUACUAUUUGUAUAUUGAAUUAUAUCAUGGUAAUAAUAUAUACUAGUCAACAAAAGAAACGAUACAAGGUAAUGUAUUUUCCAUAUAUAAUGAAAUUGGAUACACUGCACCAAGGUAAAUAAUUGCCCAAUGGUCUAUUAUUUACAGAGUGUUAUUUUCUUAUCAAAACCAUCGAUUUUAAGCAAAUACUUUUUUUUUUGCAAUUUUUGUUAUUUCAAAAAUUGUAAUUUCACCCAAAAAUCGAUAUUAGAACUUAAAACUUUAAACUUAAACAUGGUCUGCUUUAAAUUUUGAAUGCCUUUGCAGAUAUUUGAAUACUUAAUUCUAUUCUUCGAAAUUAAUGCCGACUUUUGUCAUCAUUUUCCGCAAAAUAAAUUUGACCCCUGGUGUGAAGGUGGUGUUCAAUAACACGUCAUUUUCUCACUUUCCAAUUUGGUCAGAUUCUUUUAAUCAUAUGCAUUUGCUUUGCAAAUGAAUGUUUUCCAUUGGAUAAUUUAACAGUUUUUCCUAUUUAUUAUAUUUUAUGAUAAAUUGGAGUUGAAACUUGUGUAUCGUUACUUUUGUUGACUAGUAUAGUUUUGAGUAAAUGUAAAUAUUUUAUUGUAUUUUGCAACAUCCGAUGCAGAGAUCAUAACGUAAAUCUAUACAGACUUAGUAAAUGGACUAGUGUGGAGCAUAUACGGAACGGAUAUAAACUCUGUGCCGGAGUUAAGUAUUUGAGGUGUUGAUGGUGUUGUUUUUUGUAAUUGUUUUCUCUUUCGAAUGAUUGGCUUCCUAUUUUGAAUUAUUAUUUAUAAAAAACACUGAAAUGUAAUCUAAGUAGCGAAACACAUCUUUGAUACGUCACACUAAAACUCAAUUUCAUACAGUCAACAUGCUGGAUUUGCAGCAUGAUUUCUGUACUUAAUAUUCCAGAUUUAUUACUUGUUCUAUAGGAUAGAAUAAAUGAAAUGUACCCUUGGUACAUUAUAUUAUAACAUAUAUCUUUAAAAAUGUGUCUGAUUAUGGAAUUAACUCGUAUGAAAAAGCAUACAUUUUCAUCGCCAUUAUCAUUGAAACCUUCAUUCUCUUAUAAUAUAUCUAAUUACUGAAACCAUCACAUUGAUAAAUACUUAAAAAUAAAGAAAAAAAUAAAACUACUUGAAAUUUGUUGAAUUACUUUUCCAUGAAUUUUACUUUAGUAAUAAGAUGACAAUAUAUUGAACAUAUUUAUUAAAUAUAUAUAUUACAUUCUUUACAAAAGAAGGGCGAUAGAUACCAAAGGGACAUUCAAACUCAUAAGUCGAAAAUAACCUGACAACGCCUUGGUGUAUAGGUGUAUUAUAUCACGAUAAAGACACAAGAGAAGCUAUAAUGUCACUUUGUGUAAGCUGAGUCAUAAGAGGAUACACAGUCAUAUGUAAAUCAAAAUUAAAUCAUUACAAAUCUUGCAUUCAUAGGAAUUUCAUUUAAUUUAAAUGGGGAAUUGAUUUAUUGAUUAUUGAUUGCAUCUAAUUCCUGUACAAUGGUAACUGAUACAAAAACAAUAGACAUUGAUAAAUAAAAGACCACAAAACACAACACAGAAAUCCAAAACACAAACAAUAUCAAUCCCAUUAGAUUAAAUAGUGAUGAACUCAUUUAAAUAAUUCAAAGAAUCCAAAAAAUUUAGCUGCAUAAUCAGGUUUGUAAUCUUUUUCCAAUAAUUUUUUCUUCAUUAUAAGACGAAAAUUUAAAUUUAUCGACCAUAGUCAGUUUAGGCCGUGUCAAAAUACAGUUUGUUUGAAGGAGAGAAAAAAAUACAGUUCGUUUUGAAAAACAGAAAAAAUACACUUAGUUUUCAACUAUUCAGUCUGUGAACUGUGAAGUGGGAACAAUUAAUAGCGGUAACUAAGUACAUAGUAUCUUUGCUGCAAUACAAUCGAUUUUGUUGAUAUUUUUUACAUCGGAUGUGACCUUGAGAGGUCAUACCGGUGUUAUGUUGCCGCAGAAAUUUCCUUGCCGUUUGACUGAUAACCGAACGUAUUUCGUAUAAUCACGCGGAUAUUAUCGAGUGUAUGCGGAAGAAUAUCUCGAGGACGUUUUGCAACAAAAGCGGGAAAAUAUGAAUGCCUACUCAAAUCCAGUCUAUUAGAAAAACGAAUUUUUACAGAAGAGUGCCCACCAUGCACUAUCAUUAGAAUAGUAGAAUAGAAUGAUAUAUAAAUGGAUGAAAAUUUGCCUGUAGAGUUAUUAAGAUGAUCUGCUAUAUAUAUUACUGGUGUACAAAUAUUAAUAUAAUAUAUAACAACAAACCAGAGUAUACUGAUAACAAAUGAUUAUGUCACUACAAUAUAAUAAUAUUACGGUGAGGUUGAAUUCCCUGUCAUUUAUUCAUCAUCCACACAGGAACUUGUCUCAGAAAAAAUAUAUCUAUGUACCUUAACCUAAAUUUCAGGUAUAUAGAUGUGAUUUUUUUCUGAGACAAGUGCUUGUGACCAUCAACCAGAACUUGCGGUCAUCCGAUGUUCAGUACUUCAGUACUUUGAUUUCUUUAAUAUAUUUGGACUAGCUGCUUAUAAAUACGGAAAUUCGGCAUAUUCCAGUGACGUGUACAGCCAAUAGGAAAAAGAAAUUAUUGAUUGGUACAUUAGGAAUGUAUUCCCAAGGUUUAAUCCACCAUAAUGAAAUGCCUUAACAAGUCAGGAAUAUGACAGUUGUUUUCCAUUCGUUUGAUGUGUUUGAGUUUUGAUUUUGCCAUUUGUUAAGGGACUUUCCGUUUGAAAUUUUCUUUGGAGUUCGGUAUUUCUGUUAUUUUACUUUUUGCCAUUAACCGAGUUUACACAUGCUCUAUAUAGCCUACUCAGGUUACUGUCCUCAUCGCUUUCUAUAUUUACAGAAAGAUGAAUAACAUACGGAAAUUCGGUUUUUUUUCUUCAUUGCUUCUUUUAACAAGAAAGUUUUCUUGUGAAUUAACAUUAGUAGCGUCCUCAAGGAGAACGCAAACAACAUUAAAGUUCAACUAUUCGGGGUUUGCAGGGGAGGUAGUUGUUUACCACUAGACUUAAUUCUCCAAUACUUAAUCUUAUUUUUUUUUAAAUGCUACAUUGAUAUAAGUUUUACAGUCACUGAAAAACUUAUUGCAUGUAAAGUGAUAAUUUUUUUCUACAGAAAGGGGUUAGUAAAAUACCUCACAGCAAAGAUUCUUGCUUUUUCCGUAUCUCCUUAAUUCAAAUAAUGACAUAUACCAUCCAUUAGCUACCAAUAAAUGAUGUAUUUUUAAAAAAUCGCCUGAUCUCAUGAUAGUUCAUAAGUAUUUAUUUUGACAUACAUUUAUAUGGAUACUUUACUUAUUUCCUGCUUAUAUAGAAAUCUUAACGUCGAUAUUGCUGCAACGUAUUUUACUUACCAACAAAAAAAAAGAGAAUUAUUUGAGUAAGUAUGCAUUAUUUGUGUAACCGUGGCAGAGUCAAUGAUUAAAUUAUGUUUUAUAAAUAUUACUACACAUUAUGAUUACACUUACUGAAGAUUGCUAAAUUUUAUUUUAGAACAGACCUGCUAAAACUCAAACAUUGAUAUAUAAAGUUUAUUUGUCACUGAAAAAUAUUAUUGCAUGUAAAAUCAUAUUUUUUCUUCAGAAAAGGGUUGGUAAAAUACCUCAGAGCAAAUCCUCUUGCUUUUCCCGUAUCUCCUUAAUUCAAAUAAUGACACGUACCGACCUUUAGCUAUAAAUAAUAAUGUAUUUUUUUAAAAACCGUCUGAUCACGUGAUUGUUCAAGAGUAUUUAUUUUGACACACAUUUAUAUUGAUAUUUAACUGACUUCCUGUUUAUGUGGUAAUCUUAACAUCGAACUUGCUUCAAUGUAUUUAACUUACCAGCAAAACAUGAAAACUAUGCGAGUACAUGACAAAAUACUGGAGUAAGGAAUAGCAAGAAAUGGGCGAAUCACUAAGCAAAAAGUGGGGACAAGAUCCAGCAUACCAUGAAGCAACAGAAACCUUGACGAGGUCGAACAAAAAUACUCAACAGUUUGUUAAUAAAAUCUUAGCUGAAUCGAGCAAAUUAGAGACAAAAAAUAAAGAUCUAGAGAAAGAAAUAGCUAAACUUAAAGCGUCUAUUGAACUUAAGAAAACCCCAAGGGCCAAGCUGAAUCGAGGACCUUCUGCAGAAGAACAACUUCUGGAUGGAUGCCUAAAUGAACAGCAGAAUUUGGUCGAGAAAAACGAAACGCUUAAACAAGAAAAUAUCAAAUUAAAUAAAGAGAUCAAAGUGUUGUCAGAUGAAAAAGAAAGUGCCCUUUCAAGGUUGAGCAAACUAGCAGGUAUUCAACUCACGAAAGGAAACAGCGACAUCACUGACUUGAGUGACUCGAAUAGACCAACAAAAUUGUCUGAAAAAUGGUCCAGUUUAUAUACUGAUGAAUGGUCCGAGGCAUUUGAUGAACUAUCUAAAAUAAAGACAAAUGAUAACUUCAGGAUAGAAAAGGAGCUCCGUGAUAUUGUAAAGAAAUGUUAUAGCACAUGCGUAAAUAUUGAAAAGAUACAGAUGGUGGACAUUAAAAAACAUACAUGGGAUAUUGCAUGCUGUUUGCAUCAUCGACCCGAUCAAUUAGUGGAAGCAGCACAAACAACCAUGUUUAACAAAAUGGUAAAAGAAGAAAAGGUUGAUAAAAAGGCUGCUACAAUGGUACUAAAUCCUAGGAACAAUGGGGGAGAUGUUGCAAGGCUGCUUGUUAUACAGAAAUGUAUGGAGGAGUUGGUUGAUAUUGUCCAUGAACGAAGAAAGUAUGAUAAGAAAUUAUUAGAAUAUGUUAAACAGGAAACUAUACGACAGAUUGAACACUACAAAAAAACAGGUUCGAAAAACCACGUCAUCAAAUUUGUGGAACGCUGCACAGAACUAUGCUGGAGCAUGGUAAUCAAAGCGCCAUCCAUGGUUCUUGUUUAUGACCAACUGGAAGGUGGACCGAUUGAUAAAAACAUGUUUACAGUAUAUACCAAACAAGGGCCACUCAUCGACUUUGUGGUAUGGCCGGCCUUGAUUUUACACACUGAUGGUCCAAUUCUAGCGAAAGGCGCUGCACAGGGGAAAGAAGUUGAACCAAAUGGAUACAAGGGAACGAAAAUAGAUUCUGAAUCGAAAGGCAAUUCAACAUGGACAACUACCAAAACAGCAAUAUCAGUCAAAGUGGAAAAUGAGAUAUCAAGAGUAAAUUGGAAAAAAUAGCAUUGUAAUGGCAGGUGGAUUUCAAUGUGCAUAAUGGAUUAUUCAUCAGAAGAGAAUAAUUAUCAGAUAUGAUUGUUCGAUUUUCUCAUUUCAAACACUGCUUCUGCGCUUCGUACAAAGUGUGCUUCGGUCAAUGCUUUUACAACCAAAUCAAGUUAUAAAAGGAAUCAUUAAAUUCGUAAGUGAAAAUCAGUUUGCUUUCUGAACCUUUUGUAAUUCGUAAAAAUAUGUGCAUUGGAUUUAUUGACUAUAGUAUUAUACUAUUGUUGUUAUAUUCCAAUUCCUACCAAAAGAACACCGUUUUGUCUCGUCUGAUAAGUGCAGAUUUUUAGCCAUUACAAGAAUACACUCACUAAUUCAUAUACCCAAUGCACUCUAUGGUACGUUCUGCAAUUUGAAGCAUCCAUAGCUAUUUUGUCGUGACAGUCAUUUCCUGUCAAAACUGUACCGUAUCCUGACUUGUGCUAAAAAUGUUCAACAUUAUUUAAUUGCAUAUUAAUGUUAUAACAAUAUAAAAUAUUAUAAGUAGAUAUUUUGUAUAAGAAUGGUCUAUCCUCCCACAUAACCGAUAAGGCCAAACAAUAUUAUUUAAUCCAAACAAGGAAUCAGACGUAUGGAGGAUGGAGAUACGUUCCAGGAAAUUUGGUAGUACUAAAACAGGUACUUCUGAUCUGGGCAACAGGUUAAAUAUGCUCUUCUAUUGAAAUUUUAUAUAUGUGUUUAUUAUUCAAAAGAAACUUUAAUCAAGGAUUUUACAGUGAUCCCAACACUCUAAAAUUGCAAUUGACACCAAAAUUACCAAAAUAUCUAAUUAAUUAUACCCCACGUAAUUUGUGCGUCGGGUAUAAUGUUUUUGACCCGUCCGUCUGUCUGUCCGUCCGUCAGUCCUGUUCUUGUCAUCACAACUCCUCUGAAACCACACAACAGAAUUUCAUGAAACUUUAUAGAUAAUAAGGACAUAGUAUGCAGAUGUGCAUAUCAACAAGAAAUCCUUGUCAGUUUUCUUUUGCAUGAGUUAUGAGCCUUUGUUUGUCCGGUGACAAUGUGGGGGCGUGGGGUAUGUGAGCGUGCUCACAAAGUUUCUUUAAUUGACAAAGUAUAUAGUUCAUACUUCCUUUAAAUGUUUCAAUUUCGAACCCACCAUUGUGCAUAUUGCUGAAUUUUCAAAUCCUUUCUGCUGGGAAGAUAGACUAUCUUGUACAAAAUAUCUACUUAUGAUAUUCUAUGCUGUAAUGACAUUAAUCGUUACAAAGUUUACUACAACAUUGGUGCAUUAUUCAGCGAUGCUAAAUGGCAAAAUAAUGGAAAAUCCAAAACUUAAAAAACAAACAGUGAGGAGCUGAUAUAACCGAUAAGGCCAAACAUUAUUGCUUAAUCCAAACAAGAAAUCAGAUGUGUGAAGGAUGGAGAUACUUUCCUUUGUGUUAAAUUAUUUCUAAACUAGAGGUACAGCGAGCAGAGCUCAUAAAAUGAUACCCGCCUCUUGUAAAGAUGAUAAUUGUUAAAGAAAGACCAAAUUGUAUUAAUAAAAAUCAAAAUAGGUUUAUUCCCGAUAGUCCCACUAGUUGACAUUUUAGAGUUUUGAUUGUCCCACAUUAUCUAUUAUGUGAAAUGUUCUUAAAUGAACAAUGUAAUUGUUGUUUGUUUGCAAUAUCAAAUCAAAACUAAUUAUUGCAUGAGCAUAUUAGUAGUUGACAUCCAUUUCACAAAUGUAAAUAUUAAAUUACUUGAUACUUCAAAAAAAUUUCAAUUAUAUAUUUGUUCAUUUUACAAUUUAUGUUAUUGGAACCUAUUUUAUCUUCUAUGAAGUUAGAAUAUAUUUAGUGUUUGUAUUAUAUUUAUCUUAAUUUGAACAGUGGUAUAACAACAUAUCACAAAAUUAAUUAUAUAUAUGAAUAUCAACUGUUCUCCAUGAUUACUUAAAAUUUAAUAAUUAAAUGUAAUUAAUUGAUACACAAAUAGAUUAUUAUCAAAACAAUUCCCGACUGUUCAACAUUUAAACUGCCCAAUUGUCCCACAAACAUCUUCCCGAUUGUCCCACAUACUUUCAUUCCUUUUUUACCUGUAGUUCUUAAAAGUGGGAACAACCAGGAAGACACCAAAUAGGAGGUGUGCAAUAGCAUUUCAUGGUUAAAAUUAUGAAAUAAAGUUUCAAUAAAUUGUAACAGGGUGUUUAGGAGGUGUUACGAAUAAAAAAUUGGAACCCCAAAAUAAAGCAAAGGCAAAGUCCAUGCUUUGGUAAGUGAAACAAAAAAAAAUCAUUCUAAUCAAAAAGCAAAAUAGAAGGUGCAAAAUAGCAUUAUAUGUUUAAGAUUAUGAGAAAGUUUCAAUAAAUUGUAAUAAGGAAUUUAGGAGCUGUUGUUGUUAUAAAAUGGAUACGCCAGAAUAAAGCAAUCAUGGGAAAGUUCGUGCAUUGGUUAGGGAAACCCAAGAAAUAAAUCUGACCAACAGAAACAAAAUAAUGUAUACAAUGACAUUAUAUGAUAAACAUUCUGUGAAAGUCAUUCAAUUAUGAUUAGGUGUUUAGGUACCAUAGUUUGCAUCUAUGACAAAUUCCAUGUCCUUGUUAUCCCAAAGUUAACCCCAGAAAUCUUCAGAGGAAAUUAUGAUAUAGGAUAACAGGAGGUGCAAAAGUAUAUCAAGUGAAUAAGGUUCUUUAAACGUUUUGCUGCUCACAAGGAAGCUAUUAAACCAAGAGUUCCAAGUGGUGAAGUUGAAAUCAUCCCUUCGUAAAUUUUACGGACGCCAUCACGAGUUGACCGUUAUGGAAUAUCCGUUUCACAGAUGAUAGCGGAUAUGUUCCAAAUGUCGUAACUAAAAUCCCGUCCCCGUUUCCCCGUAUGUGACCUGCCAAAUUAGAUUUAUUACCGGGUUUGUACUAACAUGAGCAACACGACGGGUACCACAUGUGGAGAAGGAUCUGCUUACCCUUCUGGAGCACAUGAGAUAACCCCCAGUGUUUUGUGGGGUUCGUGUUGCUCAUUCUUCAGUUUUUCUAUGUUGUGUUUUGUGUACUGUUGUUUGUCUGUUGGUCUUUUUCUUUUUUAGCCAUGGCUUUAUUUUCGACCUAUGAGUUUGAAUGUCCCUUUGGUAUCUUUCGCCUCUCUUUUACAGAAUUGUGCAAAGCGGUUAACAGUUGCGGAUACAAAAAUGGGAUAGAAGAACGAACGAACAGACGAACGGAUUCCCCAGUCACUAUAUAUAUUGCCCGCUUUAAAAAGCGGGAUAUUUACAGCGGGAUAUAUUGAGUGUAUACAGGGUGAAGAUGUCAAUAUUAAGAUGAGUUGAGUUUUCCAAAUGUCUUCAAGGCAAUGACAGUUAAGAAACUUUGGUUUUGUUUGCGUUGACUUUUUUUUCAUUUUUAUUACUCCAUACAUUCAAGUAGUGUGGUUUUCACCAAUAAGACAGCAAAUGAUUACCCCAAAAAAAAUUAAAAUAAAUGUAGACGAAAAGAAAGGAUGUUGUAUUAAUUUGGAGAUCAACAUGUUAUCUUCCUCUUGUAUCGUUCAUCUGUAUUUUUCAAUUCUUACAAUAUAUUUUUUAUUUCCCGAUAAUCUUCUGGAUAAAUUUUCUCGUUUCGGACAAAAAAAUAGUGAUAAAAUAAAAAAGCAAGGCAUAUUUAGCCAGGAAUGGCAGGAAUCCAAAAUUGUUUUGGCACUGGUUAAUAAGCUCACUUGUCCCUUAAGUACCAUGUUAGAUAAAGCCAUCAUAUCGUCCGUCGUAAACCAUGUUAUAAACUCUGAAACCACAUAGCUAAAUGUUUUGAAACUUGGCAUUCAUAUUGUAUUGUCUUCUUCAAACGAUCAUCAAAUCUGUAGUUUUUGCUUAAAUCUCGAAACCCAAAACAGUAAGGACAUAACUAAAAUAAAAAUAAAAUGAUCAGUAUGUGGUUAUCUAUCUAUAUAUCCUGAAAUUUCCUGAAAUCGGACAACACAUUUCAGAGUUAUUGGCCCUGAUGUCCAUAGUAAAUUUAUUUUAACACAUGAACCUAGAACCGUGUUAGUCAUUUACUUUUGUGUAUUAUUACAGUUAAUAAUUCUACUUCAACAGACAUGCAUUAGUUGAUCCAUUCAAAAACAAGUACAGUCCUGUCAUCUAUCAAAAGAUACACCAAUGCUUUGAUUUAAAACAAAAGUUAAACCAUAUUCUAUAGUAAUCCAAUGUAUCGAACUAGUUUCUGUAUACUAGAAACCACACAUUCGAUGCGAAAGAUUUUACAUUGUGUUAAAUCCUGGAACUUAUCAUGUUUUAAAUAAAAGUUUAUCAAGUUUUA